AUGUCUCUGAACGUCGUCAAACGGGAAGAGGAGGAGCUCUAUGACAUGCUCAACUUGUCACCACCGCACUUUGAGUCCUCCUUGAACAUAGCGUCUCCAACCUCGGUACUCUCGAAAGAUAUGUUCAACAGCUCCUCCAGCAUGCUAACAGACUCACCUGUCAUGGUAAACAACGCUAACCCGCUUCAGGGAAAGCAGCACGAGUCGUUUGUGCAAAACAUCAACAUCAACUUGUCUCAGGACAACGGCGUGACUAACUCCCUACAUCCCAGCCCUUCCGGCCUUGACCUCCCACCUUCCUUAAAUGUUAACGUCAGCUCAUCGCAAAAUGCCCUGGAUUUACUUUCCCCCAACAACGUGCCUGCGUCAUCUUUUCUUAACCCAAGAAGUCCAGACACCUACUCUUCACACUCAUUAUAUUCUGAGUAUUCCCUGAAUCCAGGCUCUCCCUAUCAAGACGCCAUGUCUCAUUUCAGUGAUGCUUACUCAGACACGAGGCCGCAAAAUUUGAAUCAAAAUUAUCUCGAGCCAGCCGCAAAUGGUCGAGGUCCAGGAAACUCGUUUGAUUCGGAAAUAUUCUUGGGCGAGUCCAUCUCAUCUACAAACUUGUACACUAUGUCUGCCCAACAGUCAACAAUGCCGCAGCAGUCCCAGCAGUCCCACCAUAUACAGCAACUCCAGCAGUCUAUAAAUCAACCGGUCAGCAAUCCGCUGUACAUGCAAGUUCCUCAAAUCAACUGUGAAGACGGCACUUACGAGAACCAAUACGAUCGACUUACAGAAAACAACCUCAUGAACUAUACAGAGAAUAUUCAGCCUGACAACAACGGUCAUGAACAAAAAGAGAUCAAAAUUCUGAUUCAACAGGCACCUGAUGUCGUGGCUGCGAAAACUCCAUCGUUGUUCAGCAACUCGUCGCACACUUCCUCAGUUCAGAACUCACCUGGUCAGCAGGCCUCGGCCGGAAACAGUCUUAAACCACUGGGAAAUCUUUCCAGCCCAUCUUAUACCAGUCCACAAGCAACACCCACUAGCCCAAUGUCCGAGAAUGAUCCUAACGGCCUCUUGAAGCCUGAUGAGUUUCAAAACCUAAAGCGUGGGCGCCAGAAGGCGCACUCAAUAAAGACUCACUCUAGACUGCGAUCGCCAAAUAACUCUGGUUAUUCUAGUGAGGAGAUCGACGAUGAGGAAUCUGCUGACACUGGAGAUAACGCGGUGUCUUCUCGUGAAAAGAUGUUGGAACUUGCACUGACAACUCAAUCCACUAGACGGACUCAGAAACACCCCUCCCUAUAUGCGUGUCAUUUGUGUGACAAGAGAUUUACAAGGCCAUAUAACUUGAAAUCACAUUUGCGAACGCAUACCGACGAGCGUCCAUUCACUUGCAGUGUCUGCGGGAAAGCUUUUGCUAGGCAACAUGAUAGAAAACGUCACGAAGAUCUCCACUCAGGUGAAAAGAAAUUCCAGUGCAAGGGUACCCUCAAAGACGGUACUCCGUAUGGCUGCGGCAGGAAGUUUGCUAGAGCAGACGCCCUCAGAAGGCACUUCCAGACAGAAUCAGGUAAAGAAUGUAUACGAUCGCUCGUGGAGGAGGAUGAAAGAGAAAGACAGGCCGGAAAUGGUAACGCUUCGGGAAUUCAACUACCGAGCGGUGACUACCUCAGUCCGUCUAGUUUGAGCCAUCAGUACCACAACGUUCCGCAGGUUGCCAUUUCACCCCCAGAUUGA